CCCAAAACAUGUUUUGCGAUCAGAACCCUCUUGAAAAAACGUAUAAGCUAGGCGUUUGGUUCAGUUUAUGAGGCGGUGAAAUCUUACAGAAAGGCCACAGAAUUCCAGUUGCAUGAAACAUCACAACAUAAUUCACCAUUAUUCAACUUCCUAGCAUUAAGCUAUUGUCAGUUCGCCAAUUUUCAACCAAGACUAACAUGACUAUUGGCAACUUUUCUAGCUUUCCCUCCCCCCCUUUUCCUCCUGUUAAAAGAUGGACGGCUGCCUGGCCCCGGCGCAGUCUGCUGCGAGGCGAGCGAGCGAGCACACUGCGAACUCUCUUCUCACCUAUUUGUCGGCCUUGUGGAAUUAUCAUGGGUCAACAUCUCCCAAGUGCUGGACUUGCCAGAUGUGUGGGAGUUGCGUUGAUGCCUGCAGCUGCUUGCUGCUGAGACAGCGAGGCACGAGAGAGAGAGAGAGAGAGAGAGAGAGAGAGAGAGAGAGAGAGAGAGAGAGAGAGAGACGCCUCUCCACGCUUGAGAUAGUUCCCAGAAUGCUAGCCUAGGCGGACGGAAUGCCAUCAAUCAUGCCACUAAUCAUUCUGCAAAUGAAGUGUCACAGAAAGUUGCAAAGGGAGUGUCAGUGAAAAAAGACUUGGUUGGUAGCCAAGAGGGGGUAAUUGGGAUGUAAAAUAAGAAAGUACCGAUUUUUCAUUUAGGCACAUUAAGCGGCGAUAAACGGAAUUUUACUGACUUCCACUGGGCUAAUAAUAAAAGGUGGCAAACUACUUAGUCUAACUACCGUGGAGAGGGUUGCAAUUGGCGCGUGUUGAGCUCCGGCCCACUUUGAAGAGAGGGCUACUUUAUUCACCCCGUUAGAGUUGGGAUGAGACCCAUCACAGCUCUGAUAGCUAUCUGACAGGCUAUUGUCUGUUGGGGGUUGUCGCUCGCAGCAGGGAUUUGAUCUGCACUUUGUUGAUGGAGAGGGCCCGCUGUCCACUCAUCCGUGACAGCAGUGUGCACCGCGCAGCAGUGGUUGAAGCCCUGUUGUUCACUCCCUGGCGGUAAAUUAGGCACAAGGCAUAGGAUAACUAUUUAUGUAGGGUUGCAUGUGUGCGUGUUUUCCCCUGUCAAAAAUGGAUAAAGAAAUACGAUAAAACAGUCCGCCAGGCCUUGCCGUUUGACCGAGCGCGCCAGCCGCACUCCCCACACCGGAGACUGGCAACAUUAACCAGCGUGGUGCGCGUGGAAUGCAAAUACCUGGCCAGUUAUCAGGGGGCUUAUACGGGGGCCGACACAGAGUCAGGUUGGUGAGAUGUAAACAAAAACAUAGCAACAGCAUUCCAAAUUAUGGUCGUCAUUUUUAGUUCACCCCACACAGCUGUUGCAAGUAUUUAUAAGACAAUUAACCAAUUACUAGUUAUAACGUGGACUUGGAUCAUUCUUUCCAACGCACUGUCUGGUAUUGCGCGCUAAGUGCUUUAGAUUAUUAUAAGCGACUGAAGGACCAAAGUGGAAUUCAGUAAAGUUUGCGCUGCUCUUAUAGCAACAUUAUUGCAAGACUUAAAAUUAAAGUGUCGUAGAAGUAGAUUAAUGACCUCUUCGGACACUAAAAAUAAGAGUUAAACAUGCCCGCAAUUUCGAAUAAGUGUAGGUUUUCCAGUCGCCACAGACCUCGCACCGGUCUGCCACCGAUGUCAGGCCAGUGAGGACUGCGCGAGCUAAAUCUGUUUUUGAGCCACUGGAGGUACCGCCCUCCUUCGAUCCCGGCGCGUCCUAUUGGUGGAACGGCGACGUGAGAACCCAUCACAGCUCCCUCUUUACCAAACUAGGCUGCGGAGGUUGUCCAGAAACCGCGUCCACUGCCCAGCCGCAAAGAUCAGCGUCACAGGAGUGUGCGGGACCAGAGGUCUCAGCAAGAGAGAGGACACACCAAGAGGAACCACAAGGAUCUAAAGCAGCUGCAUGUUUUAAAGCGGGAUAUUUAUUUUUUGUAGAGCAUGAUUUUGAUUGUGGACUGCGUUAACUUCUUUAUCGAAUGUGGACACUGAUUCUGCGCUUAUCAGUGAGUCAACUGACGAAGAGCGCGCACGCCAACUUACUUACUUUUGUGGUCAGUUCCCACCCUGCCGUGCGGGCUAAUUUCUAACAACACCGCCAAGGCAAAGGAGUCGCCAGCCGCAGGACCUCUGCAUCUUUGAAAAAGAAGGGAUCUCUGUUUUUAAACCAGCGCAACAAUGCGGUGGCUUUCGUGUUUGGAUAUUUUUGUGCUUUUGUCUAUUUCGAUAUUUCUCAGCCAGUUGGGAGUUGCGCACACGUUCGGGGAUGAGGAAGAAAUGACUUGCGACCCCAUCCGAAUCUCCAUGUGUCAGGACUUGGGAUACAAUGUAACGAAGAUGCCCAACUUGGUCGGCAACGUGCUCCAGUCGGACGCAGAGCUACAACUCACCACUUUCAACCCACUGAUACAGUACGGUUGUUCGAGUCAACUUAAGUUCUUCCUGUGCUCCGUGUACGUCCCCAUGUGCACCGACAAGGUGCCCAUCCCCAUCGGGCCCUGCGGCAGCAUGUGCCUGUCCGUCAAGCGCAAGUGCCUGCCGGUGCUGACCGAGUUCGGCUUCGUGUGGCCCGAGGUGCUCAACUGCAGCCUGUUCCCGCCGCAGAACGACCAGAACCACAUGUGCAUGGAGGGCCCGCCCGAGGACGACCAGCCGCACCUCAUCCAGCACCCGCCGCUGGUGGAGGAGGAGUGCCAGUCGCUCAGCUCGGCGCCGGACCAGUACGCCUGGGUGAAGCGCAGCCACAGCUGCGCGCUGCAGUGCGGCUACGACGCCGGGCUGUACCGGCGGCAGGCCAAGGUCUUCACGGACGUGUGGAUGGCGGCGUGGGCCGUGCUCUGCUUCGUCUCCACCACCUUCACCGUGCUGACCUUCCUGGUGGACUCGUCGCGCUUCUCCUACCCGGAGAGGCCCAUCAUCUUCCUCAGCAUGUGCUACAACAUCUACAGCGUGGCCUUUGUGGUGCGGCUGACGGUGGGCCGCGAGCGCAUCUCCUGCGACCUGGAGGAGGCCGCAGCUCCCAUCCUGGUGCAGGAGGGGCUGAAGAACACGGGCUGCGCCAUCGUCUUCCUGCUCAUGUACUUCUUCGGCAUGGCCAGCUCCAUCUGGUGGGUGAUACUGACGCUCACCUGGUUCCUGGCGGCGGGGCUGAAGUGGGGCCACGAGGCCAUCGAGAUGCACAGCUCCUACUUCCACAUCGCCGCCUGGGCCAUCCCGGCCGUCAAGACCAUCGUCAUCCUCAUCAUGCGGCUGGUGGACGCCGACGACCUGACGGGCCUGUGCUACGUGGGCAACCAGCACCUGGACGCGCUGACGGGCUUCGUGGUGGCGCCGCUCUUCACCUACCUGGUGAUCGGCACGCUGUUCAUCGCGGCAGGGCUGGGCGCGCUCUUCAAGAUCCGCUCCAACCUGCAGAAGGAUGGCACCAAGACGGACAAGCUGGAGCGGCUGAUGGUGAAGAUCGGCGUCUUCUCGGUGCUGUACACCGUGCCGGCCUCCUGCGUCAUCGCCUGCUACUUCUACGAGAUCUCCAACUGGGAGGACUUCAAGCAGUCGGCGCGCGACUCCUACAUGGCGGCGGAGAUGCUGCGCAUCUUCAUGUCGCUGCUGGUGGGCAUCACCUCGGGCAUGUGGAUCUGGUCGGCCAAGACGCUGCACACCUGGCAGAAGUGCUCCAGCCGCCUGGUCAGCUCCAGCAGGACAAAGCGGGCGGCCAAGCGGGCGGCCAACGGCCUGGUCAAGCCGGUCAAAGGGAACGAGACCGUGGUGUGACACGCGAUGUGGACGUCGAGGACAUUUUAGAUUUUACAGCAGAGUGAAACUAUGAAAGAGAGAAUGAGUGAGACAGGGAGAGAGGGAGGGAGGGAGAGAGAGAGUGGGGGGAAAUGAUGAGCGUGUGGGGCAAGGCGUGAGGCCUGGAGGAAGAAGGACAAAACCCCAAAAUUAGACUGAUGGUGAUGGACAGGUGGUGUCUCUUCAGGGUGAUCGAGUAGUUCGACUCACAGGCAACUACACUACAAGGAGUCGGAAGUGGAACACAAGACUGUGGCUUAACACUUCAUGUUUUGAAACCGCUCAGUCUGGUUAUGGAUCGUAUGGAUGCAGCCUAACAGGAAGCUCUGGGAAAAAACAAAACAUUUCAGACUCUGUGGAGAGAGAGAGAGAGAGAGAACUGGGCUCAAGUGAGUUUUGAGAGGGAAUUAGCCUACUCAUUUCAGAGGAGACCUGACUUAGCUCCUGUCACAUGUGUGUUUAUGUGUGAGGGAGAGAGAGCUGAGGCGGGAGCUGUUUCUGGCUUUCAGAAGUGCAACAGCACCACCAUGUGGUCAGCUGUGCCGUGAUUGACGGUGAAUUUGCAGUUGAGUGGUGGGGGGGUUAUUGAGCACACAAGUAGCAGUGACCUUUUCUUAGCUCUCUCACCCCCCUCUGCUAGAUAUCAUGUUUGUUCAUUUACAUGUCUUUCUUUUCUUUUUAUGAGAUUGUUUUUACACUGGAUGGUCAAAAGCGCUGAAGACUAGCAGAUGACUAUGUUCAACAAAUCCAGUGCAGCCUAACUGAGAAGAUGGAGAAAAAAUUAUGCACUAUGAAAUAUUUCUAUGGAAAAGAAGCUUAUUACACUAGAAGUGCCUCGAUCAUUGUUACUUUUGGUGUAGUCAGGAAUGUCUGGUGCUACUUGUUUCAAACUGUGGUAAUUGUGACGACGCAAAGGCACCUGGGAAUUGUAGGCCUUUCUCUGCUUCACAGACAGGGCAGUUUUUUACCUCUUUAGUUUUUAUUAUCACAUUGGUCAAUAUGAUAACUUACAAUUAUUGCUCCAGAGCUUCCCAAUGUAGGCUGUGCUCCCCCAAUACACCCCCGUCAAAAUGAAUGGUAAACAAUGUUGUUUUCUGUAUUGUCCAAUUGUGUAUGUAUAAUUUGUAGUCUUCAGAUAGUCUUAUGAAAAAAAAAAUGAUCAGACUCCAUGACAUGGUUCUUGUGAAACAGACCAAACACACCUAAAUGCACACAUGCAUACAUGCAGUAAGGCCGUACAAAUGUAGCCGUACACCGAUUAUCUGCCAUAGUGGAAGAUAUGGGUGAUGCAAGAGCUCAACCGGUCAUCACACAAUAUCAUUUCUAUCAAGUGCAACUUAAAUGACUGAGUUCUCUAGGUUCCAGAGAUACACGUGAACCAGACUUUUUCUGGUAACACUUAACUUGAUGCCGGUGUCAUACGUAUGACAUAACAGUGUCAUAACAGUGUGAUAAUAGUGUCAUGAACGAGUCAUAAACAUAAUGCCAAUGUCAUAAACGUUUUAUGACCAUGAAAAGUUGACAUUGUUAGGCCUGUCUUUGUCAUAGCCGAAUUUCACUUUAAGACAAAGUCAUACAAUGUUUAUGACAUUGACAUAAUGUUUAUGACACAUUCAUGACUGCAUUAUGACAAUGUUAUGACACUGUUAUGUCAUACGUAUGACGCCGGUGUCAAGUAAAGUGUUACCCUUUUUCUUGUAUGUUCAGCUGACCAACCUCUCACCUCCAAGUGGCUAGACAAUCUAACAGGGGCAUCGCUCGCCCCUGCGAAGUUAUGAAUGUAGAAGAAAUAUAUUUUUGCAUUUCUGAAAAAUAAAAAGUGCCUAGGACAACUAUGCUGUUGGAAGAAGCAAAAGCUGAGACACUAUGAAGUACUUUUUACAGUGGAUUUGUAAAGGAACAGGUAUUUUUUGUUAUUAAUGUAUUAUAAAAUGCUAAUUUAUCUUUGUACAAACUCCAAAAUACAAAAAAAAGUUUGUUUAUUUAAGAAUGCUUUUGUAUCAGAAGAUGAGAAAUUAAACUUUGAUGUUAAAACCCUGAGGUUUUGCUGCCUAUGUGUUUUUGCAUUCACCUGCUUUGGUGACUGAGAUGUCUUUCAAUAUACCGCAAUGAAUUGCCAAGGGCCUCACAAUACAAUAACAUAACACUUAAAGGGA